GGAAGGGCCCGCCCUAUUCGCCCACUUCCUGUUGAUCAAAGGGGAGGCGGAGGCGGAGGAAGCCGAAGGGGGGUGUGGAGGGCGGGGUGGCCGAGGCCGGGCGCGUCGAUUGUGUAGGGCGGCCUGGCGCAGCGCCCGAGCGGCUGAGCUUGUGGGCCUGGGGGCGCGAGGUGGCCGUCAUGGCGGUGCCGGAGAGCCAGCUGAAGAAAAUGCUGAGCAAGUACAAGUACCGAGACCUAACUGUACGGGAAACUGUCAAUGUUAUUACACUGUACAAGGAUCUCAAACCGGUACUGGAUUCUUAUGUCUUUAAUGAUGGCAAUUCUAGGGAGCUAAUGAGCCUUACUGGAACAAUUCCUGUGCCUUAUAGAGGUAACAUAUACAAUAUCCCAAUAUGCCUGUGGCUUCUGGACACAUAUCCGUAUAAUCCCCCUAUCUGUUUUGUUAAGCCUACUAGUUCGAUGACCAUUAAAACAGGGAAGCAUGUUGAUGCAAAUGGAAAGAUCUAUCUUCCUUAUUUACAUGAGUGGAAGCAUCCACAGUCUGACUUACUGGGUCUGAUUCAAGUAAUGAUUGUGGUGUUUGGAGAGGAGCCUCCAGUGUUUUCACGCCCUACUGUUUCAGCCUCCUAUCCACCAUACCAAGCAACAGGACCACCAAAUACUUCCUAUAUGCCAGGUAUUUCAAGUGGAAUGACUUCAUACCCGCCUGGACACCCUCCCAAUCCCAGUGGUUUCCCAGGUUAUCCUUACCCACCACCAGGUGGACAGUACCCUCCAACCACAAGUUCUCAAUACCCUUCCCAGCCUCCUGUGACCACUGUUGCAGAUGCCAGAAGAAAGCAGAAGCAGGUAUGGAUUUGUGGUCAUUCGUAUGUUUUCUGGGCAGAAAAACGGGCACUCAAGAGAAGCUUUGGUCCACAGCUGGGCAUUCGAAUGGAGGAUGCCAAACUCCACUGGCUAGGAAAGAGUGGCAUGAUGUGGGAUCAGUUAAUACCCACCUUGAUUCAUGCUCGGCGGCAUCUCCCAGAUCCUGAUGUGCUUGUGAUACACCUGGGUGGCAAUGAUCUGGGAGCAAUAAGAUUGUUGGAUAUUAUGAUCCGAAUUAAGAAAGAUUUAGGAUUUAUCAAGCAGAUGUUCAAGAACGUCAUUUUAGUGUGGUCCAACAUUGUGCCCCGAAAAGCAUGGAACCAAGAAAAACCUCAGAAGGUUAUGUAUAAAUGUAUGAAGAGGGUCAAUCUAGAAAUGAGCAACUUUAUGAAGACCAUCGGAGGAUGCGUUAUCAAGCAUGACACUCUUGUACCAGCAUCUCCAGGUUUAUUCCAUCUAGAUGGUGUCCUUUUAUCAGAGAGUGGUACCGAUGUCUUCAACCUGGAUUUGCUUAGUGUUUUGGAAACUCUGAUUUAACUGAGGGAAUCUGGGGGGAGGGGGGAGUAAGGGGGAGGAAAGAAAGGCUAAAAGGAGCACUUCUGGCUGACCCAAAGUAGGAAAAUGUUUGGACACCUCAGGAGGAUUUCCCACUAAAACAAGGGUAACUUUUGCCCUUGGAGAGACUAUUAUGCCUACAACAUAUCUAAAGGGACAGUUUUUUGGACUGAUUUAAUUCCUGGAAGGUUUGGUGGUGCUUCUGGCCAAAAUGGCAGAAAGCAUUGAUUUCUCCUUUGUUACAGUAGAAUGCUAUACCCAAAUGGAAAGUUGUGUUUUCUAACCGGACCUGUUUGAUAUGAUUUUUUAAAAAUUUCUUUUCUUUUUGGUGUAUGGAGUAAUGCUUGUAAUUUAUUUAAAGAGAUAUUGUCAAAUAGGUUAGGCCUCAUAUUUUUACAUACAGAUCUUUUUGGUAUGUCCUGAGUUAACAAAUAACUACUUGGUGUUGGAAACCUAUUUUGAGUGUCCUGAAACAUAUGGUGUCUACUUUUUAUAAUUUCUCUUUGACACUAAAAAAAAAGGUUUGUUUCUCUACCAUUUUGUCCUCUAUUCCAGUUGCAUAAUCCCCCUGUUUCUGACAUAACUUUAGCAUACUUUGGAGCUGGGUUUUGUUUUGUUAUUCACCAGUAUAACAAUAAUGGCAUUUAAGCUCUGGCAAUAGAGUAUUGAGUAGUCA